AUGGGGAACAUGAGCUUGACUGAUGAGUAUGGCACUCAUACUAUCAAAUCCCAUGGAAGCAUGUUGGCAAGAUAUCAUAUGCAGGACUGGCUAAUGCUUCCUCUUCUUCUGUUGGUAAUUGGGGGAUUGAACUAUAUAGAACCCUUUCAUCGUUAUGUGGGAAAGGACAUGAUGACAGAUCUCACAUUCCCAUUCAAAGAAGACACCAUACCCAUGUGGGCUGUUCCAGUCUACGCAAUACUGUUCCCUUGUCUAAUAUUUUUCCUCUACUACAUGUCCCGAAGAGAUGUUUAUGAUUUGCACCAUGCUGUACUGGGCCUUUUGUUUUCUGUGCUGAUUACUGGGGUCAUAACGGAUUCAAUCAAAGAUGCCGUCGGCCGGCCGAGACCAAACUUCUUCUGGCGAUGUUUCAGUGAUGGAAUGCCAGUAUUUAAUCCUUCCGACAUGGAUGUUAUGUGCACCAACACGAACUUAAAGGUUAUAAAGGAAGGUUACAAAAGUUUCCCAAGUGGUCACACUUCAUGGUCAUUCGCAGGCCUAGGUUUCCUCUCACUUUAUUUGUCUGGAAAAAUUAGAGCCUUCGAUCAUAGAGGCAACGUUGUGAAGGUCUGCAUUGUUAUCAUGCCAUAUCUUAUGGCUAUACUUGUUGGAGUUUCUCGCGUGAGUGACUAUUGGCAUCAUUGGACAGACGUAUUCGCCGGAGCCAUUAUAGGAACUAUAAUUUCUUCCCUAUGCUACUUGCAUUUCUUUCCACUGCCCCAUCGCACCAACGGUUGGGCACCACAUGCCUAUUUUGGAAUGUUGGCUGAUGCUAAUAGUGUUCGUAACCCAGCAACAGACAUGCAAACAGCUCCUUACAUGCACUAUAGAUUUGAUGAAGAAACUGGUUAA